UAAUUGCGCUAAAUGUCUUGUUUACUUUUCACUCCACCUGCUCCCUUCUCUUCACUCACUCUCACAAAUCUACUUAACACUUCCAUCUCCUUCUUCACUUUCUGAAUCUUGAAAUCGCACCAAAAAUGGGGUCUGUUUCGUUGAAAAUUGGUGACGGAACAGCAAGAUUCAAGAGCGCCACCGUCUGUUCAUCUGCUGUACAUAUUCUUAUGUUAUUUUCAGUCAUAACCACAAAUCUCUUUGCUUUAUAUGCCUUCACAUACUCGCCCAAACCCCAUCACCAGAUUCACUUUCUGACCCACCAUCAUACCCACAAGAACAUCUCUUUAAUCUCUGAACAAGUCUCUCUCAUCCUCAGAGAGAUCGAUUCUUCCCAAAAGAAACUUGCCCAGAUGGAAAAACAGCUUCUUGGUUACGAAAGUAUUGAUCUUUCGACACCCAAUAUGCCAAAUGAGUUGAAAUUGUUUCUACAAAGGAAUCAGCUUCCAUUAGGGAAAGAUUCAAGGACUGGGAUCACAGAAAUGGUGGCAUCUGUGGGGCAUUCUUGCUAUAAAUCCAUGGAUUUGUUGUCUCAAUAUAUGAAUUACAAGGCGAAUGGAGCUUGCCCAGAUGAUUGGAGUCUUUCACAGAAGUUGAUUUUGAGAGGAUGUGAGCCUUUGCCAAGAAGAAGAUGCAUUGCCAGGUCAAUUCCUAAGGUUGGUCUUCACCCUUUUCCUCUUUCACUUUGGAGAAAUGUUAGUGAAAAGAUUUACAGUUGGAGUGGUCUUGGUUGUAAGAAUCUGAUGUGCUUGAAUAGCAAGAAACUGAAUAGGGAUUGUGCUGGAUGUUUUGAUAUAACUAGUGGAAAUGAGAAACAAAGAUUUGUGACGUCUAGGGGCAAAAAUGAUUUCUUGAUUGAUGAUGUUUUAGGUUUAGGAAGUGGUGGGAUUAGAAUUGGAUUUGAUAUUGGUGGUGGAUCUGGUACUUUUGCUGCUAGAAUGGCUGAGAAAAAUGUCACCAUAAUGACUGCAACUUUGAACAUUGAUGCCCCUUCCAAUGAAUUUAUAGCUGCUAGAGGGAUUUUCCCUUUAUACCUAAGUUUAGAUCAUAGAUUCCCUUUCUAUGACAAUGUUUUUGACAUCAUCCAUGUUGGAAAUGGUCUGGAUAUUGGUGGACAAUCCCAGAAGCUUGAGUUCUUGAUGUUUGAUAUUGAACGGAUCUUAAGGGCUGGUGGGUUGUUUUGGUUGGACAAUUUUCUUUGUUCUAAUGACGAGAAGAGGAAAAACUUGACCCGAUUGAUUGAACGAUUUGGGUACAAGAAACUGAAAUGGGUGAUUGGAGAGAAGAUUAAUGGUUCAGGGAACUCUGAGGUUUACUUGUCUGCUGUUCUUCAGAAGCCAGUAAGAGUUUGAAGCUUCUUUCAAGUGGUAAGAUUAGUGUUGUGGUCGUUUUAAUCUAUUAAAUAUUGCGAAAUUUUGAUUAAAUUUUAUGGUUACAUAAAUUGAAAUUCCUUUUAGAAUGCGGAAUAAGUGCAAUGAAAUGCUUGUUCGUAUACCCUAUAGGAUGGAACUUAAUUGGUUCAGAAAUUCGCUUUGUAAGCUAGAAAUAUGACUUGAUAGCCAAAUUUAAACGAAGUUAGAUUCUUCAACUGUUGUAUGUAUAUCUUGAGUUGCUUUCUUGGAGAUC